AGAACGACGUCGUCGUUUCCUUCUUCCUCCAAAUCUCUCACUCUCAGACACAGUAUGAGUCGCUUAACUUCCUGCUACUGAUAGUCGAACAAAGCAAUGGGCAGCACAGUCAACAUCAAGAGCAGAGUGUUCGGACCUCCUUCCUCAACACCCUGCACUCGCUCACACCAGAUCGGAGCCCUAGCCCUCAUCGCCGUUACCUUUUUCGCCACCAGACUCUUAGACCAAUCAUUCCCCUCCUCCAUUUCUUCCUCUUCAUCCUUCGAUGGCAAUGGAUAUGAAUCCAACAUUAUACGUUUCUCAGAAGAUGAGGGUUCAGUACGGUGGCCUCGCCGCGGAUAUGGGUCCUACAUCUCCCUCAAAAUCUACAUCUAUGAUGAGAAUGAGAUCGACGGCCUAAAACAGCUCUUGUAUGGUCGUGAUGGAACGAUUUCGGCGGAUUCUUGCCUCAAGGGACAAUGGGGUACUCAGGUCAAGAUUCACAAGCUUCUACUUAAAUCAAGAUUUCGUACACAUAAGAAAGCAGAAGCUGAUCUGUUCUUCGUACCAUCCUAUGUUAAAUGUGUUCGAAUGAUGGGUGGUCUUAAUGAUAAAGAGAUAAACCAAACUUAUGUUAAGGUAUUAAGCCAAAUGCCAUAUUUCAGGUUAUCAGGUGGUCGCAACCACAUAUUUGUGUUUCCAAGUGGUGCAGGGGCCCACCUAUUCAAAUCAUGGGCUACCUACAUAAACCACUCAAUAAUCCUAACUCCUGAGGGAGACAGGACAGAUAAGCGGGACACAAGUGCCUUCAAUACAUGGAAAGACAUAAUUAUCCCUGGAAAUGUUGAUGAUGGAAUGACAACUCAUGGGGUAAGGCUGGUAGAACCCUUGCCAUUAUCAAAAAGAAAAUACUUGGCAAACUACUUAGGUCGUGCACAAGGAAAAUCAGGCCGUCUUCAAUUAAUUGAUCUUGCUAAACAAUUCCCACAUAAGUUGGAAUCUCCAGAGUUGAAGUUUAGCGGUCCUGAAAAAUUGGGGAAGGCCGAUUACUUUCUACACCUGCGUAAUGCUAAGUUUUGUUUGGCCCCACGUGGGGAGUCAUCUUGGACUCUUCGCUUUUAUGAGUCCUUUUUUGUGGAGUGUGUGCCUGUGCUCUUAUCAGAUCAUGCAGAGCUACCAUUUCAGAAUGUUGUUGACUACUCCCAAGUAUCAAUCAAAUGGCCAUCUUCAAGAAUUGGCGUUCAGCUUUUGGAGUAUUUGGAGUCCAUACCAGAUAAACGGAUAGAGGAGAUGAUUGCUCGAGGCAGGAAAUUGAGAUGUUUAUUGGUAUAUGGUCCUGAUUCGGAGGCGUGUUCUGCUUUUAGUGGGAUAUUAUGGGAGCUUCAAAGGAAAACAAGACAAUUUCAUCAGUCAAGUGAAACAUUUUGGCUGCAUAAUGGAUCGAUAGUUAAUAGAGACUUGGUGGAAUUCUACAAAUGGAAACCACCCUUGCCUUUGCCUUAAACUUUGAAAAAAUGGAGAGGAUUCAUAGAAUACAAGAGUUGUAGUUUUAAUGUGAUAUGAGAAGCUAGUCAUGGUGAUGUAAAUGAUAUGGCUAUUUAGGAAGAAUUGCAACAAUUCCUUGAUAU